UAAACUUACAGAUUUUAAAAUGUCUCAGCUCCUCUCCUUAGUAGAGGACAAUCCUUACUUCGGAGCAGGGUUCGGUCUCAUGGGAGUAGGGUUGGGAGCUACUGCUAUGAGAAAGGGAGCCCAGGUUGGGAUGAUAUUGUUCCGAAGACACUACAUGACGACGGUGGAGGUGACGUGUAAGGACAAGUCCUACAGCUGGUUGCUGGGCUGGAUAUCCCAGAAGGGAGCUAGAAAGACGCAGCACCUCUCCGUAGACACCAGUUUCGUAGAGUCAGACAGCGGCAAAAUAUCAACAAAAUAUGAUUUCCAGCCGAGUGUUGGAACCCAUUUCAUGAACUAUCAGGGAACCUGGAUCAGGGUUGAGAGAACUAGGGAACAAAGAAUGUUAGAACCCUGGGAGACGGUUCAGCUGACAACAUUUGGCCGGCACAGGGCGCUCUUCGUUGAUAUCCUAGAAGAGUCAAGACAGUUAGCAAUGUCUGCCAUGCAAGGAAAGACUGUGAUGUAUACUGUGAUUGGGACGGACUGGAGACCGUUUGGGCAUCCUAGACAACGUAGACCAGUCUCCAGUGUAGUUCUAGACACCGGAGUAUCAGAAACCGUUCUAACAGAUGUAAAAGAUUUUAUGACUAGUCAGGACUGGUAUAAAGAGAGAGGUAUCCCUUACCGUAGAGGAUAUUUACUCCAUGGACCCCCCGGCUGUGGUAAAACGUCAUUUAUUACGGCUCUGGCCGGAGAACUAGAAUAUUCUAUUUGUGUGCUAAAUCUCUCCGAUCGUUCUAUGAGUGAUGAUCGUCUUGCUCACAGAUUAGCCGAUGCCCCUGAGAACUCUAUUAUACUUUUGGAAGAUAUAGACGCAGCAUUUGUUAGCCGUGAGGAUUCAAAACACCUUGAAGAAGCGUACAAAGGUCUGAACAGAUUAACCUUCUCAGGACUCCUUAAUGCUAUUGAUGGAGUAACUUCAACGGAAGGACGGAUUUUGUUUAUGACAACAAACUAUAUUGAAAGACUUGAUCCUGCUUUAAUCCGUCCUGGACGGGUGGAUAUUAUACAAUAUAUAGGAUACUGCUCGCAGCAGCAACUUAAACAGAUGUUCUCAAGAUUCUAUCCAAUGGAAAAUGAUGCUCGAGCCGAGAUAUUUGCAAGUAAAGUGUGUGAGCUUGGUAUUGAAAUAUCUGCAGCACAAGUUCAAGGUUACUUCAUGUGGUUUAAAAAAUCUCCUCAAGCAGCCAUUGACAAUGUAUUCAGAUUUAUUACACCUCAAGAAAAAUAAAUUUACAUACUUUUUA